AUGGAGGACCUCUGCAACAGCGGCCUGUCCCAGCUGAUGGAGGCGACCAAGGAGCUUCAGCUCGUGGAAUCACUGAUUCCGGAGGGCAGCCUGGGGUUCGGGCAGUGCAGCUGGUUCGACGGUCCAAAGAUCACGGAGGACAUGGAACUGGAGCUGGACAUGAACCGCCAGGACGAAGCACCAACCAACGGGGGCUGGAGCGAGCAAUCUCGCCCAGCAAAGUGGAGGCGCAAAGACGCCAAGGGCCAGGGCGACCAAGGAAAAGGGCCAUCCAAGGACCAGCAGGACACCGCAUACAUGUUCUUCGUACGGGCGGAUCUGGAGGGGAAUCUGGGCUCAAUCCUGUACGAGGCUGGUCGCAAGUGGAAUGAGGUGAAGGCCACUACGCCAGACAAGCUGGAGGCACCCAUGAGGAUCAUCCUCAUGCAGAAGUUGCUCCUCACCGUCCUCGAGAGGUACAAUGCCAUGAUGGCCUCGGAGGAGAAGAUUGCCAAAGCCAAGCAGAUGGGCUGGCUGUCGGAGAUCCCGCCCAAGGACUGUGUCUCGGUGAAGGAGGGGCUAUCUGCCAUGGCAGUGUUGUGCUCCAGUCCCCGGGUGGUGAACAGGUUCCAUGCCACUCGCCAAAUGGCGGAGGCCUACGAGAGUCCGACUAUGAUGGAUGUGGGACUAAGGACGGUCGAAGCGGGCAAGAUGUGGCACCUCCUCAACGAUCUGGCUCACUCCGCGGUAUGGCUGAUGGCGGGGGCUUACAUGAGGCCCAGGAGUCCGGGGUCCAGCAAAGGACAGGGCAAGGGCAAAGGCAAGGGCAACAAGCAGGGCCAGAUGACAGCAGCUGGGAGAGGUCUGGCAACCCGCUCUGCUGGUUUGUGGUGCACCGUGGCCGAAAUCUCCAUGCUGGGCAUUAUCAAGCG